UUUUUCGCUCAUCUCCUUCUCCCUCUAUAUCCCUGUUUUCUCUCUCUCUCUCUCUCUCUCUCUCUCUCUCUCUCUCUCUAGCAGCAUUUUUCAUUUCUCUCUGUAACUCGAGUUAUAAUCAAGCUUGAUCGUCUGUAAUUUGAUCUUUUUGUUUUCUCUGAAAUUCCAUUUGUUGAUGUAAUGUUAGUCGGAUUGAGCAUUCCUCACUCACAUUUUUUGAAGCUUUCUCUCUCUACUUUCUGUCACUAAAAAAUUUUAUUUGAAGAAUUUUGGCGGGAAGAAGGUGAUAGAUACACCAUGGAUGUAUCUAUUGCUCUGAUGUUGUUUCUUGCUGUGACUGCGUAUCUGCUAUGGUUUACUUUCAUCUCACGGUCAUUAAAGGGUCCACGUGUAUGGCCAUUAUUCGGCAGUCUUCCGGGACUGAUCGAGAAUUCAGAUCGGUUGCACGAAUGGAUUGCAGAUAACCUUCGGGCCUGUAACGGGACCUAUCAAACAUGUAUCUGUGCAGUCCCGUUUCUAGCCCGAAAACAAGGUCUUGUAACCGUCACCUGCGACCCGAAGAAUCUUGAACACAUUUUGAAAACCCGGUUUGAUAAUUACCCAAAGGGUCCAACAUGGCAAGCUGUUUUCCAUGAUUUAUUAGGAAAAGGGAUCUUUAAUUCGGAUGGCGAUACGUGGUUUCUACAAAGGAAGACGGCGGCACUCGAGUUCACAACCAGAACACUACGACAAGCGAUGGCUCGAUGGGUGACUCGAGCUAUCAAGAAUCGGUUCUGUCCGAUUCUUGAACGGGCUCAGGUCCAGGCUGAGCCCGUAGAUCUACAAGAUCUUUUGUUACGAAUCACUUUUGAUAAUAUCUGCGGGCUGGCUUUCGGGAAAGACCCACAGACGUUAGCCCCUGAGUUGCCCGACAAUAGCUUUGCAUUGGCUUUUGAUCGGGCAACCGAGGCUUCGUUGCAACGCUUUAUUUUCCCCGAAGUCAUUUGGAGAAUGAGGAGAUGGCUACGGCUUGGUUUGGAGGUCAGCUUGAGCCGAAGCCUUGUUCACGUGGAGGAGUAUUUGUCGAGCAUCAUUAGUACACGCAGGCAUGAAUUGUCCAGUCAGCUUAAAGAUGGAGGGUUACAUGAUGACUUGUUAUCAAGGUUUAUGAAGAUGAAAGAAUCCUAUUCUGAUACGUUCUUGCAACACGUGGCACUCAACUUCAUCCUAGCUGGACGUGACACAUCAUCUGUGGCGAUGAGCUGGUUUUUCUGGUUGGUGAUUCAGAACCCAAAAGUCGAAGAGAAAAUUCUUAAAGAAAUCUCUAGCGUCUUGCUGGAGACACGUGGCGAUGACGUGGAGAAAUGGACAGAUGAGCCAUUAGGUUUUGAAGAGGUGGACCGACUGGUUUAUUUGAAGGCAGCGUUGUCGGAGACCCUUCGACUAUACCCAUCGGUGCCAGAGGAUUCGAAACAUGUUGUUUCCGACGAUGUGUUGCCGGACGGAACUUUUGUUCCGGCGGGAUCUUCAGUUACUUAUUCAAUAUAUUCGGCCGGCCGGAUGAAGUCAAGUUGGGGUGAAGACUGUCUCGAGUACCGCCCAGAGCGGUGGUUGUCUCCCGACGGCACUAAAUUCGUGAGGCAUGAUUCGUAUAAAUUUGUUGCGUUUAAUGCCGGACCAAGGAUAUGUCUUGGGAAGGACUUGGCUUAUUUGCAGAUGAAGUCUAUAGCGGCGGCGGUGUUGCUACGCCACCGUCUGGCGGUGGUGCCGGGGCACAAGGUGGAGCAGAAGAUGUCGUUGACGUUGUUCAUGAAGUAUGGGUUAAAGGUGAAUGUGUUUCAGAGGGAUUUGAAGGCAAUUAUGGAAAGUGUGAGAAAGAGAAAGAAGGUGUCGACUAGCGGCGGCAAACGGCGGUGGACGGCGGUGGUUGGGGUUGUUUAAUUUUGGUGGUUGGGUUGAUUUAUCGGUAUAAAGUUUGAUGAGGUAGGUCUGAAUUUUGAAUACUAUUAAAUUUUUAUUUGGGUUCGGGUUCGGGUUGAGCUUGUGCUUUGAAUAUGGUCACAUGCAAUUUUUAUUAUUUUUACAUCUUGUAGGUACAAUUUCAUUUAUUAUUGUGCCAUAAUAGUCUUAUUUGGAUUUCCAUUAUGGAAAGAUAAAUAAUAACCGUAUAAAUUUUUAACAAUAA